AUGUACGCUGACCGGGACGGCGCCGCGACAAAACAGUCGCAGGCAGCGUACGACGCCCGCGUACGCGUGCUGCUACUCGCCACUUCUGUCCUGUCGGCUGUGGGAUUAAGCGCCGCAGCUCUGAAUGGAGAAUAUACCAACAUUAGCUGGAAGCUUGAGCUAUGGGCGUGGGAACUACAUGCCCACCUAUGGAGACGGUUUCUGUGGCUAUUUGUUUGGGCGAAUAGCUUUAUGCUGUUCAGGAAAGAUGGCCCCGUUGCCGUGUACAAAAGCGGGCUGGCAAGCUCUGUGAUAUCUGCACUCAUAGCUUUCUCGUGUCUCUCUGCCAGCAGCCUGAGCGAAGCUGACCCGUCAUCUCUUGUGCGGCUGCAAAUGUACUGUGCCAUCCUUCUAUCAUUGUGCCAGGUACUGAUCCCCCGGCGACCUGAAGUGUUCACAGAAGAUGGGCGCGCCGUCGACUUUGAAGAUAGUGCCUCUGCUCUGUCUCGAUACUCGAUGAAUUGGUGCAACGCUGCGCUUGUCCUUGCUGCAAAGUCUGGUACGCUCGAAGCGCUGCCAAUUCUGAAUCAUGAUACCCGAUCAGCAAGCCAGCCUCUAAUUAAAAUCCAGUCGUCCGAAGCGUAUAUAUGGAAUCGAAUCUUCAUGGAGCGUUUCCGUGGCUUUGCCAAGCAAUGGACAUUCAUGUUUUUACGCUCCGUAAUGGCCCUUGGCUCGACGUACUGCAUUUGGCGACUUCUUAGGUGCCUAGAAGAGCCUAAACAACGACCCAAUGAGGCCUGGAUGUGGCUGAUGGGUAUUGGAGCCUCAACUAUCUGCUACAGCAUCAUCAAUCACCAGCUCAUUUGGGUGCAGUGGUCCGAGAUGGGUAUACCUGUCAAAGCCCAACUCGUCACGUCACUCUUUCAAAAGAUACUGCGUGGAAAAGACUCCAAAGAGCAAAAGAAAACGUCAUCCCCCGGCUCAACCAACGCUCCAGAUGCCAUCAAUUUGGUAUUGUCCGACGCGAAUUUAUUGGCCAAGUUCACUUCUGUCAAUUACCUCAUAGGGUCCACCAUACUUAAGUUGAUAUCCACUGCAUUUUUUCUGCUUAAUCUGCUAGGCUGGCAGAGCUGCCUUGUCGCCAUAGCUACAACUAUGUUGUGUUUGUCAGUGCAAACCGUUACUGUCAAACGGUUGCAUGCCGCAAGAAAGAUACUUGAAGCCUCGCGAGGCCGGACGACAAGAGUCAUGAAGGAGGCUCUCUAUGCGCUACGAGAGAUAAAAUUUUCUUCGCUUGAGGCACCUUGGGAGGCUCACAUUAAUACAGUUCGUGAGGAUGAGCUAAAACAUUUAUUCUGGACCCAUAGAGCAACCACAUUCCGUAGAGUUUGGGGCACCACUACCCCGUUUCUUAUUGCGACGGCCUCUAUUUCCACGUAUCUCUACAUGGGAGGUCAAGCAACCCCAUCUAUCGUAUUUCCGAUGGUCACAUUGCUGCCACAACUUCAAGAGACCAUGCGACAAACUCCAUUGGUCUUACUUGACUACUAUGUGUCCAUAACUACGUCUCGCCGCCUGGACAAGUACCUAGCGUCGCCUGAGCAAGAAAAUGUGCUUGAACCAAGUCCAGAUGGCCAGGUUUUGUUUCAAGAUGCUGCUAUUGCCUGGCCUUCCAAUGGGGCCGGACAAAGCGGCGUAACAAGUGCCAAGCCAGGUGCUGCCGCCGCCCAACGAUUCUCCCUCCACGAUCUUAAUUUGACGUUUCCCACUGGGGAGCUAAGUAUUAUUUCCGGCAAAACAGGCGCUGGGAAGAGUUUGCUGCUCGCAGCUAUUCUUGGCGAGGUUGAUCUUUUGGAUGGCCACAUCAAGGCACCUUCAAUAGCCGACAACCUCCCAGUAGCGUAUGUAUCGCAGACCCCCUGGCUUCAAAGCACGACCAUUAAGGACAACAUACUCUUCGGGCACAACUUUAACAAACAGAGGUACAAUGCCGUGCUUGCUGCCUGUGCGCUGCUGCCAGACCUUGCUACUAUGGCCGACGGUGACCAGACCCAGAUCGGCUUGAAAGGCGUCAAACUCAGCGGAGGUCAGCGUGCGAGGCUUGCAUUUGCUCGGGCACUCUAUUCACCUGCACAGCUAUUGGUUAUAGACGACAUCUUCUCUGCAGUGGAUACUCACGUAUCGAAUGCUAUUUUAGACGCCUUGACUGGGAAUCUGUGCAAGGGGCGCUCGCGGAUUCUUGUCACUCACCAUGUGUCGUUGUGUCUACCAAGCACCAGGUAUCUGGUCCACAUCGAAAACAACACAAUUGCUUAUGCAGGAAAGCCCGAAUCAGCCAAAGAAAUAGAACAGAUUACGUCAAAAGAUUUUGUCGAACUUGAAGUGAUGACAGAGGAAGAUGAAGUCGGUCUAAGCGACAACAAAAGCUCAGCAAAUGGUAAGAAACUUGACGAGAUACCGAAAUAUAAGAAUUCUCGCAGCGACCUUUCACUAUAUCGGCGGUUCUUCUCUGCCGCAGGCGGUUUUACUUUUGUCUUUUUUUGGAUUGCCGGGCUGGUUUUCACUGGUCUAUUAGAUGCCCUGACCUCAUACCUAUUGGGGCGCGUCAAGUCAAUAGAUGCAGCACAGAAGCCAGAGCCAACUCAAUCACCUACUCCGAUUACGAGCUAUACAAGUAGCCUGCAGCACAAUCUUCAAUUAUAUCUCGGAAAUUCUCUCCUGCUCAUUGCUGUGGAAUGUAUUUCAAGCCAACAUGCACAAUCAGGCAGUUUGCGUACCUCUCGUCUCUUGUUCCGCCAAAUGACCUUCAGAGUCCUCCGCAUGCCGCUCUGGUGGCUGGAUGCAACACCGUUUGGUCAAACUUUCCGGACUUUUACAAUAGAUGCUAGAUCUGUUGAUGACUGGGCUCUAGUCAUCAUGUCUGACUGCGCUAACGGUUUUGUCAAGCUCACAAUAAUAAUUUGCAUUGGAAUAUACAGCUCUAGGUAUACUAGCAUUCUGACAUUUAUUUUGCUUCUCUGGUGUACAAAGAUCAGUAUAAUGUAUGUUAAGGCAAGGGCCGCAGUAAAACGUGUCGAUGGAGGGCCCAUUACCGAUAUCCUCGAGCACAUUACAAGCACUACUGCCGGUCUCGCCACUAUUAGGGCAUUUGGCGCAACGGGCCUAUUCAUUGACAAGAUGCACCACCACGUCGAUAUGGAAUCCACAGCCAGACGCCACUUUUGGAUUUUCAAUCGCUGGCUAAGCUUCCAGUUGGCUUGUAUUGGUAUAGCUUUUAACAUGGGAACUGGCGUUUUGAUUUUGUCUUCCAAGUCCGUCGUCGACACCACUCGCAUAGGGUUUCUGCUUACUUUUAGCAUGGGGCUUAGUCGUGCUAUAUUUGAAGCCGUUAAUGAAUUUGGCCACCUGGAAACGUAUAUGGAUGCCCUUGCUGCCGUCUUGGGAUACACUACGCUAGAGACAGAGGACCUGGGCGGCGACGACGUGCUAGCGGACUGGCCGUGCGAAGGCGAGGUUGACGUUCAAGACCUUCAAGUCGCGUACGCGCCUAGUCUGCCGCCUGUACUCAAGUCUAUCUCAUUCCACGUGGGCGCUGGCCAAAGGAUAGGAAUUGUGGGCAGGACUGGCGCCGGCAAAUCGUCACUCACUCUUUCGCUGCUUCGUCUGCUUGAGCCUCGAAGCGGCCUCAUCCAAAUAGAUGGCAUCGACAUAUCCAUGGUCAAGUUGGCAGAUCUGCGUUCUAGGAUCGCCUUUAUUCCGCAAGACCCCACACUCUUCUCCGGCACGGUGCGCUCCAACCUGGACUACUUUGAGAAAGUGCCUGUCUAUGAACUCGAGGACGCGCUACGGCAGGUCAAGCUGCUUUCCGAGGACGGUCACAGCAAUAAGAACUCUGGGCUAUUUACGUUGGAGUCGCACAUUAGCGCGGGCGGGGGCAACAUGUCUCAGGGGCAACGGCAGCUGCUGUGCCUAGCGCGCACCCUAAUUAAGCGGCCCAAGAUCAUCAUUCUGGAUGAGGCAACGUCGGCAGUCGACAACAAGACGGACACGCUAAUCCAAGAAGUCAUUAGGAAGCGGUUUACAGGGACGCUAAUUGUCGUGGCGCAUCGCCUGCGAACAAUUGCGACGUUUGACUGGACUAUGGUAAUAUCCGAGGGCGUCGUCGCCGAGCAGGGGACGCCCAAGGAGCUUUUGAACAGGAGAGGAUCGUUUUACGAACUAGUGAGAGACAGCCAAGACAGGGUGUUUUUGGAAAGGACUAUUUCUAGUACAUGA